GCUCGGACAUCACACACAUACACACAAUGAGCUCUGUCUUUGAACUGAAAACACUUGAUUUCAUGCACCGGAUUUGAGCAGCCACGGAUUCUUGCUCCAUAUGAGGAAGACAAUCUUGAAAACACCUUGUCUCCUCUUGAGUCUGUUCACAAAUUUGAAUCUCUGCUCUGGAAAAUUUGGGACGCCGAUAACUGAUGAUGUGAGCAAGCUGUCAUUAUUGAAGCAGAAUAUCCCCUCUGAUUAUGAGAUUCCCGUUAGUUACAUUCCCAAAGAAGUGGCUGGCACGUGCUGGGUGGUGUUGAAUAUCUAUCCUUUGGAGCAAAGUCUGCGGAAGCUUGCCAACAUGUUUGGUGCCAUCUCCUCCAACAAAGAAAACAUACUUGUCUUCAUUGCGAUGCUGAAGAGUCUACGCUUCACCUUUGACCAUGAGGAACUGGAAACGGCGAUGCAAGUCUUCCAGUGUCACUAUCAGGAAGAGAGCUUAAUGUCCGGAGUUUACUUUGACUACAUCAAAGACGUCUUACACGCCGCCUCUCAAGGAACAUCUGGCUUCUCGUGCAAGCCACCACCAUGCCUUAAUCCACAUCAAACACCAGAAGGUCAAGAGGAGGGUCGUGAGUACAGCUGGUCGAAGAGAGCUCCCUUGCUUCUGGCUCUCAUCCCCUUCACAGCUUGUAUUAUUAUCGUAGUGUGGCUGGUCAAGUCUAGGAGGCUUUUACCAGUGUGCAACACUGAAAAUAGUCAAAUGGCACCUUCUGACAUGAUCCCAACUGUGUCUAUCUCCAUCCCACUCCAAACACUCGCCCACGCUGCUGACACUCAGCCGGUGGGGGAGGCGAUCCCUGAGCAUGAGAGCGGAUGAGGCGCGAUUAAUAGAAAAGGGAAAUGUGGACCGCAGUUUAACAACGCACUCUCCAGGUUGUUCUGUUAGUGGCCAGAGGCUGCUGGAUAAACGAGUGUUGUCUGACACUCUUCCUCUGCUUUCACUCAUCUGAGUGCACGGACCCGAGCUACGAGAGAAAACUCACCUGCUGUGAAGGCAGGUGUGUCACAAAAUUCCCCAGGCACGUCUAGCACUUAACCAUCCAAAGAGGCUUUUUUGGAUCCAGAGGAGGAACUCACUACACAAUGGCUGGUUAUGUGCCAAAAUGGCUGGUGAAGUACAUUAAUUGUCUCGUCUUGGCCAGUGUUUAACAGCACUUGGCCGGCCCUCUCUGAGCAGACUGAGUUGAGUUUUCUUUUUCUUUCCUGCCACUCUGAACCGUUGCCAUUCAGGGUGUUGCUAUGCGAUCAAACGUAUCGCUGGAGCCUUGAAUCAAAAUGAUCUCACAGGAAAAUGUCAUUUUAUUCUGCGAUGGACCUUUUCAUCAAUCUGUCGGCUGUGUCCUGGUGUUUACAGAGACUGUCCUUUCACUGCUGGUCUUAUAUUCUGACAUCCACUGAAAUGCACAUAUGCAAAGAAGUACAUUCCUAUCACCACUUCCUUUUGGUAAUGCAUCAGAAGUAUUGUGCAAGUGCAUCUACUGCAGCUUCUCUUUUACUUGUUGUUGACGUUAUUCUGAUCUGUGAUCUGUCACAAAUUGCAAACCUGCUAGUCACAAACAACACGCCAGGCGCUUCAACAAGCGUCCUACUUUGUGUAUCAAAGAUCUGACCAGAUGGCAGAUAGCCAUCGCCAGAGGCACUUUGAAUCCCGUCAUUGUAUUUCAAAGCUGUUGCCCAGUGAUCUAUAGCUGCUGCUCAGCCACAGUGAGUGUGUUUUUAAUGCCUUAUUCACUGAGUCAAUCAUGUUCAGUCAUGAGAACAUGACUCCCCGAGUGUGAGCGCUCUUGUGCUGUAUGUGUCAGAGCGAGGGAGCGAGAGACAGGACAGGCAGGACGAGGGAAAGUGAGGGAGAUAGGGAUAGAUAGAUGGAUGGACGGAUGAGCUCAGUGAGAAGCAUAAGGAAGGCUUGUUCUCGCCACAAAAGAACUGGCCGUAGGCUGGAGGAAAUGCCAGUUACAAACACGACUGAUGUCGGCAGAUCCCUAUGAAUCAACAGGCGAAGAAUCUUUCCAGACCGCAGGCUAUGUAGCCUCAUCUACAGAGGAUGGUCAGUAUUUCAAUAACAGUUUUUGGUAUUCGAAUGAUUUACUUCCACAACGCAUCAAUGAAAUAUGGGACGAUACACCUUUAUUAAAAUAUUUUCACUUUGUAGACAAGUGCUACAACUUUGGUGUUUUACU